GAAAAAGAUUAAAAGAAAAUAAGAUAUAUGGCCUCGAAGUAAAGCUGUUUUUCUUUCUCGGUCUUCGACAUCGUCGACGGCGAGAUCUAUCGUGUUUGUUAAGCCUCUUCUCGUCUCUCUCUAAAACCACCCAAAUUGGAGAACAUUCAGCAUGAAGCAGCUCAACUGUUGAGAGGGCUUAUCAAUUGAUUGAUAUUCUUCAUUGGGAAAGACUCGGUCUACCAAACGACGUCGUGUGUGCCUGCCUCCGCGCUGAAUUCUAAGAAUUGAAUCUCAAUUUGGCAUGGCAGAUUACCCCAAAGACGAUUUUACUCAGCUCAUCAAGCGUUUCGGCGCUUUUCUCACUGUCAAGAUAUCCAAUGUCUUUCAUUCCCUGGAUUCUAGAUCAAUUGGGGCUUUGGCAGGUCUUGCAUUUGCAGUAGUGUUUACCUGGAGAGUAUUGAGAUCACCCAGUCAAAGAAGACGGCCUAAGCGGCAAACUGGUGCACCUAGUAGUUCUAGUGCAAGCAGUAACACAAAUGCAAAUGUAACAACAUCUGCAAGUGACCCUUCGCCAGAGAAUUCAAGAGCACAAAAUGUUAUUGAUGAGUUUUUUCAGCCUGUAAAGCCAACACUUGGGCAAAUAGUUAGGCAAAGGUUGAGUGAAGGGAGGAAGGUAACCUGUCAGUUACUUGGCGUGAUCCUCGAGGAAACUAGCCCAGAGGAGCUUCAGAAACAAGCAACAGUAAAACCCUCUGUGCUGAAAGUGUUGCUAGAAAUCACCAAAUGUUGUGAUCUUUAUCUAAUGGAGAGAGUUCUGGAUGAUGAAAGUGAAAAAAAGGUCCUCCUGGCUUUAGAAGAUGCCGGAGUAUUUACAUCUGGUGGCUUGGUGAAGGACAAGGUUCUCUUUUGUAGCACUGAAAAUGGUCGGACAUCUUUUGUUAGGCAACUGGAACCGGAUUGGCAUAUUGACACAAAUCCAGAAAUUGUAACCCAGUUAGCGAGAUUCAUCAAGUAUCAGCUUCACAUUUCACCAACUAAGCCAGAGCGAGCUGCUUCAAACGUGUUCAGCUCAACUUCCUUGGAGCAGUUCUUUGGUUGUGUUUAAAAUACAAUCAGUAAAAGGAUUUAGAUACAUCUGUCAUUUGUUUUGUUUUGUUUUGCUUGAUGCCCUUUUUAGAGUAGCUGCUGGCCUGCAGCUGUAACAUUUUUAGGAAACAGGGAUACACUACUUGAUUCUGCCAGUUUGGUACUCAAAACUCUACGCUGGAAAUUCUUCUAUGUGCCAAUUUGGUGCUUGUUUAUAAUAGCUCUAUACUUUCCAUGAUUGCUAAA